AUGCCUCAGACAACAAUCUCGCCUUUCUCACAGGCCGUUGUCAAUGCCAUGCGAAAGCUCUAUCCAGAGUCCCUGGCAGACAAAAGCUUUGACAACACAGGCCUCCUCCUCGAAUCCCCCUACAACUCCAACUCCCAACUUAAAAACACAGUCCUCCUCACAACCGACCUCACCAAAGCCGUCGCCGACGAAGCCAUUGCCCGCCGAGACUCGAUUAUCGUUACAUACCACCCCAUAAUUUUCCGCGGCCUCAAAUCGCUCACCCUGCAAGAUCCGCAACAAAAAUCCCUCCUCCGUCUCGCCCAGGAAGGUAUCAGCGUGUAUUCUCCGCAUACAGCCGUUGACGCCGUCCCGGGCGGAAUGGCGGAUUGGCUUUGUGAUAUUGUCAGCGGGAAAUUCGUCAACUCCUCCUCUACCUCCUCGGCAACCACCACAGGAAAGACUGAGGUGGGAGAGUAUUCAGAUGUGAUAUACCCACAACCAGGCAACAACACAACAACUCCAUCCGUUGACGCACAUACCCGCGAACCGGUCCACCCUUCCCCAGCCCCUGUACCGACUGGCUUCGAAGGUGCAGGCGCUGGACGGACGUUAACAUUCGCAACACCGCAACCUCUGGCAACGAUAAUCGAGCGUAUCGGCGCCGCGGCUGGGAACCCCGGGUCAAUCUCCGUCGCCAUUCCACAGGAUCAAUCUAUAUCAUCCAUAAGCAUACGCACUGUAGGCGUAUGUCCCGGUUCGGGCGGCGGUGUGCUCAUGAAGGGCGGCCAACUACCUGAUCUACUGUUCACGGGGGAACUAAGUCAUCACGAAGCUCUGGCGGCGAUUGAGCGGGGGUCGUCGGUCGUGACUCUUUUCCAUUCGAAUAGUGAGCGCGGCUAUUUGUGGGAUGUUAUGAGGCAGAAGUUGGAGGCUGCGCUUGUGCAGGAGUUGGGCGCUGCUGCGACUGAACAAACAGGGGGGUUGGUGGCGGUUAGUAUCGCGGAUCGCGAUCCGUUUGGGGUCGUUGUACGAAAGUAG